UUAUAAAUUAAAAAUUUGUUAAUUCUCCACGAUUAUUCCAUACACAAUGGCCGUCGAAAUAUUCAGGUUCCUAUUUCUAACGGUUUUCUUGAUUGCGGCUGCUUCCGGAUCGAUCACCCCACUGAAAUUAGACGCUCAGGAAGUCGUCCUCAACUUACAGCCGCCAUCGUUCAGCAUCAAAUUAAAUCUCCGCAACGACAGCAGUUUACUGGAUCUGCCAUGGACCAAUGGGAAAGAGCAAGAAAAGGUUCCCGCACCCGACACUACCAUUUCUCCUAUUAGAACAACGCCUUCCUAUUCGUACGGUGGUUGCGGAGUGGCCAAUUUGAUGGAUGGGGAAACAGACAGGAUCGUUGGCGGAGUGCAGGCCAUUCCCAACGAAUUCCCUUGGCAGGCUUUUGUCAAAGUGGAAACCAACGCCGGCAUUAUUUACUACUGCGGAGGGAGUUUGAUCGCCGAUCGAUGGAUUCUCACCUCUGCCCGUUGCGUUUUAAUCCCAGGUCAAACACUGAGGUAUUUGACGAUUUACCUCGGGGCGCACGACAUCACAGCGUCAUACGAAGCCAAUCGGAGAGUUUACAACGGGUACGAAGCCUACGUCCAUUCGGAAUGGAAUCCCAGCACUCAGGCCGGAGACAUUGCCCUAAUUAAACUCUACAACAUCGUUACCUACACACAAUACAUCCGCCCGGUUUGUCUGGCAACUUACAACGAGCCGAGUUACGUCAACAGUCAAGUUACCGUUGCCGGAUGGGGUACAACAAGUGACGGUAGUUAUACUCUGAGUCCGGUACUCCGCGAAGUGACAGUUCCAGUCAUCUCAAAUACUCAAUGCAGCAAUUACUACGGCAGCACUGUCAUUACAAGUAAAGUCAUGUGCACCACCGGAAUGCUUAGUCGCGGGCCAUGCAACGGCGAUAAUGGAGGGCCGUUGAUUUUCAGAGAGUCGAAUGGUCGAUGGAAACAGAUCGGGAUCGUUUCGUUCGUCUCUAGUCAAGGCUGUCAGUCGGGCUAUCCGUACGGUUACACGAGACUCAGUUCUUAUUCGACGUGGGUUCAAAACGUCAUUUCAUCCUAUUCCGGUUCAUCUUCUACUACCACCACGCCAAGUUCUUCUUCCGGCAGUCAAACUUCCGCAAUUUUAUCGCUCGUCAUCAGCCUAUUCUUGUUAAUGCAAUUGUAACGAUUGUACACAUUCCCUAUUUUUUCCUGAAUUGAAUAAAACGUUGCAUCGA